AUGACAUUAGCCCAGUCAGCUCUAGUCAACCGUAGAUUCUGUCUCGCCCAUACUAGCCGUGCUGCUUUGUGUCUCGUAGUAAGGACAGGAACCUUCGGUGGUCGGUUGCGGACGGUCUGUGGGCAAAUUGCACGGUUGUGCGUGCCAACGGUCCGCCGUGCCGUUGACGUAGCCGGAGUGAAACGGUUGCGUUGCCAGUCUGAAAAACUAGCGCAAGCUAUAGGUGAUUCUGACGAGGAAUUUACAAAAGGGAUUCUAGAUGAAGAUUGUGUGUUAACCGAAAGGGCUCUGUCAGUGUUAUAUAAACUUCAAUUGUGUGAUGAAGACUUAGUGCUUGAAAUAGAAAGUAACACUAAAGCAAAUGUUUCAACUGUUCAUGAGUCUGAUGAAAGUGUAAUCCAAAAGGUGUGUGAUAUGCAGUUGAAACUACAGCACGAGUUUUUUGCAAAGCAACAUGAAAAAAGUGAAAUGCAGAUGAAGAUGCAUCAAGAGUUCAUAGAAAGUCAAAAGGUUCAUUCAAAGGAAACUGUGAAAUUACCAAAGAUUGAUUUAAUAUCGUUCAAUGGAAAUCGCUUACAGUGGAUAGAGUUCUGGGACUCGUUUGAAAGCGCUGUUCAUGAAAAUGAGAGGUUGUCGCCUGUAGACAAAUUUAAUUACUUGAAAGGUAAGCUUACAGGCGAAGCUCGAAGUGCAAUAGCUGGACUGACUUUAUCGAAUGAAAAUUAUGGUGUUGCCAUAAAAAUCUUACACGAACGAUUCGGAGAUAAACAGGAAAUCAUUGAUCUACAUUAUAAAAAGUUGAUGAGUCUUGAGCCAGCCAAAAAUACAACAGAAAGUCUACGCUAUUUUUUGGAUACUGUUGAACGCCACCUCCGCAGUCUAGAGGUACUAAAAGAGAAUUUAGAUCAGCAUGUGUUUGUGUCAAUGAUCCGUAAUAAGUUGCCAAGUGAAGUUCUAUUGCAACUAGAAAUAUUAAAAGGUUCAGAGAAUAAAUGGACAGUUAUGAAAUUACGCGAUUUGCUUCGGCAAUACAUAGUGUCAAAAGAAAAGGCAGAAAAGAACAAACCGUACGAAACUGCGUCACAACGUGAUGACAAGACACAACGAAGUUUGUGUGAGAAAAAGUUUCCAAAAUAUGCAUCAAAAGAAAAUGUGCAUCUUUCCGAAGAAGUUGAUCAAACCAAUCAUGCAAUUGGUGAAGAAGCCGGUCUACUUUCGCACGACGAAAAGGUGUUAAUGCAGACUGCAUUAGUAGAAGCAUGUGGAGAAGAUUGUAGUAAAAAUGAAAAGGUGCGAUUGAUUCUAGACUCCGGAUCUCACAGAACCUAUAUCACAAGAUCAUUAGCAGACCGUCUAGGGCUUAAAGAAAGAAAGGAAGAAGAAAUACGACUGGUGACAUUUGGUAGUGAAAAGUCAAAGGUCAUAAAAACACAUUCAACAACCUUGAAGGUAAAACUGAAAUCUGGGAUGCUUAUGACGAUGAGUGCAAAUAUUGUACAGAAUAUUAGUGGAGCGAUACAACGUAACCCAGUAAAUAAGACCCAACUAGAGAAUUUAGCUGAACUGACUCGAAAUCUCAAUUUAGCCGAUACAAUUCCAACUGAAACUGAAACAAAUUCACUUGAACUUUUAAUUGGAAACGAUUAUUAUCUUGACAUAAUUGAAGCUGAAAAAAUCAAAGUAGGUCAAGGGUUAUAUUUACUCGCAUCAAAACUUGGAUGGAUAUUGUCCGGAAGAACAACAUCGGCUACAGAAGAAAAUCAGAUCAAGGUUCAAGAAAACAAAAGUGAUAUGAACUGGUUAAUAUUGACUUAUGGAAAUACUCUUACAGAAUGCAAUAUAUUUACAGAAGUUGAUUCCGUAUUGUCAGUGAAGCCGGACCUUGAAGACUUCUGGAACAUCGAAUCAAUAGGUAUAACUGACACAACAAAGGAUUCCAAGGACGAAAUGAUUAUGCAAAGAUUCAAAGAAACACUGAAGCGCGAAAAUGGAAGGUACCAGGUGACAUGGCCUUGGAAGGAUGAUAUUUCCGAUCUCCCAGAAAAUUAUGGAUUAGCAAUAGGAAGACUCAAAUCCUUGGCAAAUAAAAUUCACAAACAACCGGAAUUGAUGAAACGAUACAAUGAAGUGAUCCAAGAUCAGUUAAAACAGGAUGUGAUUGAAAGAGUUGAUAGAAAUAAAUCCGAUGGUGUAAAGCAUUACAUUCCGCAUCAUGUGGUGAUCAAAUCUCAAAAUGAAACAACAAAGUUACGGAUUGUUUAUGAUGCAUCGGCUAAAGUGAAAAAGGAAAACAAAGUCUCAACGAAUAAUUACGAAGAUCCACAAUUAGAGCAGCGAAAUAUUGAAGAAUUCCGUUUCAGACGAGUUCCAUUUGGUGUCAUAUCGAGUCCUUUUCUUCUAGGUGCUACCAUUGAGCAUCAUUUAGAUACAUAUGGAUCAGCGUUGGCAAACCAAUUGAAAGAGGACAUAUACAUGGACAACAUUAUAACCGGAACUGAUACUAAAGAAGAAGCUGUGUGUUUAUACAAAAGUGCAAAGUCAAUGUUUGGUGAUGCCAAGAUGAACCUACGAGAAUGGAAGACCAAUAGUGAUGAAGUUAAUGAAACGUUUGCAUAUGAAGAUCUGGAAAAGAAUGAAAAUGUCAAGGUUUUAGGCCAUACAUGGAAUACAAGAAAUGACACAGUGGCAAUUCAAAAACCAAAAUGUAUUGUGAAAGAUCUUGAAAUAACAAAGAGAAAUGUUUUGAAACAGUUAGCUUCUGUUUUUGAUCCUUUAGGUCUGUUUUCACCUGUAUUACUGAAGGGUAAAGUUUUGAUUCAGAAGGUCUGGAGUAAACAUUUGGAUUGGGACGAAUCAUUUGAUAACGAAGACGCUAGUGAAUGGAUUUAA